AUGGCACCGCCCAUCUGCCCCCUCAAUGCCCCCAGCCCCGAAGCCCCCUACUUCACGCCCGCCCACCUCACCUCACCCGGCACGCCCACAACCCUCACAUCCCAGACGCCCACGCUCUUCACCCCGCUGACCAUCCGCGCGACCACGCUGCGCAACCGCAUCCUCGUGGCGCCCAUGUGCCAGUACAGCACCGCGCCAACAGGCCCGCUCGCCGGCGCGCUCACCGACUACCACGUCGCGACGCUCGGCCACUACGCGCUCAAAGGCGCCUCGCUGACCUUCAUCGAAGCCACGGGCGUGCAGGCUCGCGGGCGCAUCAGCCCGAACUGCCCGGGCCUGUGGACGGACGCGCAGAUCCCCGGCGUGAAGCGCGUGGCGGACUUUGUGCGCAGCCAGGGCGGCGUCGUGGGCGUGCAGCUGGCGCAUGCGGGGCGCAAGGCCAGUGUGGUGGCGCCGUGGGUGGCGGCGGAGUAUCGGAAGCGGAAGGGGUGGGGGCCGGGGAGCGUCAGGGCGUCGGAGGAGGUGGGUGGGUGGCCUGCGGAUGUGGUGGGGCCGAUGGGUGGGGAGGCCGAGGCGUGGGAUGGCUUGGGCGGGAGUGAGGAGGGGGGGUAUUGUGUGCCGAGAGCAUUGACUGAAGGGGAGAUUGCGGAAUUGGUCCUGGACUGGGGACGGGCGGCGAAGAGGGCGGUGGAGGCUGGCAUCCAAGUCGUGGAGAUUCACGCCGCGCAUGGGUACCUGCUGCAUCAGUUUCUGAGCCCUGUCACGAAUCGCAGGACGGACGGGUACGGGGGUUCUUUCGAGGGGAGGAUAAGGCUGCUCAAGGAGGUGGUGCUGGAGGUCAGGAGAAAUAUUCCGGUGGACAUGCCGCUGUUUCUGAGGGUGAGCAGUACGGAAUGGUUAGAGGGCACGGAGGUGGAGCGGACGGUUGGGAGUGGGAAGAGCUGGAAUGUGGAAGACACGUUGCGGCUGGCGGCGAUGCUGCCAGACUGGGGAGUCGAUCUGUUGGACGUGAGUUCCGGAGGGAACCACAAGGAGCAGUUGGUGGACAUGUUCAAGAGCAAGGACUAUCAGGUCAAGAUUGCAGACCGGAUCAGAAAGGAGAUGAAGCGACAGGGCAAGAGCCUCUUGAUUGGAGCUGUGGGACUGAUCACCGAGGCCGAGCAGGCGAAAGGCAUUGUUGAGCUGAAUGCCGAUACCAAUGGCGCGAGCUCCGGGGAUGCAAGCAUUGGCGACGAAGCAAAGGCUGCGGUCAGCAUGACGGAGAAGGGCUCGGGUGGGAAGGAGCCGAUGGCGGACGUGAUUCUGGUUGCUCGGCAGUUCAUGCGCGAGCCAGAGUGGGUGCUGAGAGUGGCCUGGCAACUUGGUGUCGACAUCGCGUGGCCUAACCAGUUUCUGAGAGUCCGAUUCCCGAAACUGUAA